UUGUUUAAAAAACAAAAAGAAUCAUCUUUAUCAAUCCAUUCCCCCUCUUUCCUAAACACCAGAAAAGCCAUCGUUAUUUUUCCUCUCUAUCAUCACUACUAUUAUUUGAUCCUCCUAUUAUCCUUACACUUGCGUCUGCUCUUCCUGUAGUGCAACUCUACAAACCCCCAAAAAAUAAUUCUCUCUUUAACCCUAUCUUAUCCCACCAAUAUUCUCUUCUUUAUACCAAACCAAUUUCUCAAAUCUUCCAAUUUCAAAAGUUUUUGGGUGUAUUUUACUUGCUAAAUAUUGUUAAUGACAAGAUCUUUUCAGUUCAUUAUCUGAUAAUUAAAAUUUAGGGUUUCUUUUAAGAGGAUAUAGUACUUACAAGAGAAUAAAAAGUGUUAUUUGUUUUUGUUUAUGUUAGUUAGCAUAGAUUUGAAGUUGGAUCUUAGUGAUUUAAAUGGAAGAUUACAAUCAUGAAUUAAGCGAGAAUAGUGGAGCUCAUCAACGAAGGGGUAAUUUCUCUUAUGUAACAUCAUCAAUUUUAGGACCAAAUAAUUCAUCAUCUACUUCACCUUCUUCAUCAUACGUUGGAAGAAGUACAACAACACCAUUUUUUCAUCAUCAGUCUUGUUUUCAUCAACAACCUCCUGUUGUCAAAACUGAAGCAACUACUACUCAAAAUCAGCAACAACAACAACAACAACAACAACAUUUUUCUAGAUUUCAAUACCCUUUACUCACAAGUUGUGGCGGCCGCGUCGAGUCUCCGACGCAGCCGCCUACUAUUCAUCCUUAUCUGCAACAACACCAAGAUCACGAAGCAACAAUUGGUGGUGCGGAACAUGGAAAUACAACUACUAGUUGUGGUAGCCAUGAAGUUGAUGCUAUUAAAUCCAAGAUCAUUUCUCAUCCUCAGUAUUCUAACCUUUUGGAAGCUUAUCUUGCUUGCCAAAAGGUGGGAGCUCCACCGGAAGUCGCAGCACGGCUUGCUGCAGCACAACAAGAGUUUGAGGCCAGGCAAAGAGCUGCCUUCUCCACUAGUAGGGACCCCUCCAAGGAUCCCGAACUUGACCAGUUUAUGGAAGCAUAUUAUGAUAUGCUAGUAAAAUAUAGGGAAGAGCUAACUAGGCCCGUGCAAGAAGCUAUGGAUUUUAUGAGAAAGAUCGAAGCUCAGCUCAAUGUUAUCGGAAAUGGCCGUGUCAGUGUCUUUUCUACAGAUGAUAAAUCUGAGGGGGUUGGUUCAUCCGAGGAUGAUCAAGAAAAUAGUGGAGGUGAAACAGAACUUGCUGAGAUUGAUCCCCGUGCUGAAGACCGAGAGUUGAAGAAUCACCUUCUGAAGAAGUACAGCGGUUAUUUAAGUAGUCUUAAGCAGGAGCUCUCCAAGAAAAAGAAGAAAGGGAAGCUCCCUAAAGAGGCUCGUCAAAAACUGCUCAGUUGGUGGGAGUUGCACUACAAAUGGCCUUAUCCUUCUGAAUCCGAGAAGGUGGCGUUGGCUGAAGCAACAGGAUUGGACCAAAAACAAAUCAACAAUUGGUUUAUCAACCAGAGAAAACGGCACUGGAAACCAUCUGAAGACAUGCAGUUUAUGGUGAUGGAUGGCAUUCAUCCCCAUAAUCCUGCCCUCUACAUGGACGGUCACUACAUGGGUGAUGGCCCUUACCGAUUCGGAACAUGACAAGUUUCAUAACUUUGGCCUUCUCUCUUUGCAAUCUCGUCUUAUUAAAUGUAGCUCCUAUGUUUUAUACAAGGUUUCAUUCAUGCUAGUGUAAGUGGUAAGGAUGGCAUGAGCACAAUGUAAUUGCCCGAGCAAGAAUUGGCAUGAUUUUUUGCUUUACUUUGAGCUUGUUUUGAGCUAUAUUGUCAGUUCUUUUUUUUUUUUUUGGUUCUGUUUCUAUUUGCUAGCGUCUACGUUAUUGAGAAUGUGUAGUAAUUUGGCGUAUUGUGUGUAUAAGGAAGUAUUAUAUGGCAAUUGUAAGCCAUUUGGCAAAUCGUUUUGCUGAUUACUCUUUAAUUGAGACUUUGUAAUGAUGUA